GAAAUUAAAAGAUCGCUUUACAGCAUCAACAGCGCGGUGGAGAAUUUCGUGAUAUCUUUUACUUUCUUACACCAAAUUGAAAGUUCCUCUUUGGCCUAAUGGAAGUUUCCCGCAAACAGAGACACCGGCCAAGCUUCCACAGUGGUAUUCGUGGAAAUCCAGAGGGGGACAGCAUAGUUCAGAAGAAGAAAUAUGCUGUUAAUGGACCAAACAGUGACAUGGCAGCUGAUUAUGGCAUUUCUCCUGUGAAAAGACGGAAACAACAGGGGUAUAAUGAAUAUCAGCCCCACACCAGUUAUAGAAGAGGCUUUCAAGCUCCUCCCCAAAGCUUUGCGGAAUCAGAAAUAUCAGCAUUAGACAUGACAGACACUCCAGAAUCACUGUCCCAGAUCAGUGCUAUUGCCCCUGUGUCAGAUAUUUCCAACAUUCAGCCAAGUUUUGUGAAGAUGAAGUCACGAAUUUUGGCUGAUACAUCAUGGGAAAAUGCAGUGUCACAUGCCAGGGGUGAACCGGAUGGUGCAGAGAAGUCCUUUAACAAGAAAAGGAGCAAAAUAUCACUAAAGCAAGAGCUUGAGACUGUUCCUGAAGACGCCUCACUGAACAGCCGGGGAAGUGGUAGCAGCAAACAUGACACCUCCCACAACACCAACAAACCUCUCACAGUCGUUGAGAGGAAGAAGUCAGUCAAGGGUCAAUUGAGAAAGGCAGCAUCAGUGUUGAAGAAGGCCAAGUCCAAGUCCAAAUUACCAGACAACAAAGUUGUCACAAAGCGGAAACUGGAUGCAACACUUGCAGAUGAAACAAUGACAAAGAAGCCUGAUACAAAGGAAUUGAGUAAGAAGGAAAGGAAGCAAGUCCGGAAAGCGAUGAAGUCUAACUUCGACCAAAUUCAGAGGUCAAAAAAGAUUUGGGAAGAAUUGAGGAGAGAAAAGACCACCCAAGAGAAGAAGAUUGAGUUGUGCAAUGAGCUGUUGAAGAUGGUGAAAGGCUCCAUGAAGGAGUUUUGUUUUGCCCACGACACGGCAAGAGUUGUCCAGUGUUUGAUACAGUAUGGCUCUACUGACCACAGGGAGAUGGUCUUUGAGGAAUUGAAAGGUGAAAUAACAACAAUGGCAAAGUCAAAGUAUGCAAAGUUCCUAGUAAAGAAGAUGCUGAUGUAUGGCACUAAGCAGCACAGAAGCAGUGUUUACAAGAGUUUCCAUGGUCAUGUUAGGAAGCUGAUUAGACACAGAAUAGCAGCUGAUGUGGUGGAGUAUGCCUAUAAUGAGUUUGCCAACGCCAACCAGAGGCUGAGUCUUCUGGAAGACUUUUAUGGGCCCAGUUUUUGUCUAUUUAAGACGCCAGACAUAAAGUGUCUGGGCCAAAUCAUGCUCAGUCAGCCGGACAAGAGAGAGAUGAUCCUGAGGAACAUGAGGGAGGCUUUGUUACCUUUAAUUGAUAAGAAUAUUCUGGUACAUUCAAUGGUUCAUAAGGUGUUCAUGGAAUAUUUCACUUAUGCUGAUGCCAAAAUGAAAACAGAAAUGAUAGAAGCUUUACGUGAGUCUGUGAUCCAUAUGCUGCACACAAGGGAUGGGGCAAGGGUUGCCAUGCAGUGUAUCUGGCACGGUACUGCUAAGGACCGUAAAGUGAUCAUCAAGAGCCAGAAGGGGAAUGUUGUGAAGGUGGCCCAGGAGGAGUUCGGACAUCUUGUGCUGCUCACGGUCUUUGACUGUGUGGAUGACACUAAGCUUGUCAAGGUUGCACUGCUUGAUGAGCUAUUAAAGAGCAUAUCGGACGUAGCAGACAACCAGUACGGCCGUAAGGUGCUGCUGUACCUUCUUAGUCCAAGGGACCCCCACCACUUUCACCCCGACAUUGUGCGGGUACUUCAGGAGGGUGACAACAGUGCUACCAGUAAGAAGGACAAGACCCAGCGUUACAAGGAGCUGCUUGGUGUGGUGUCUGAGCCGCUGUUACAAUAUAUAGCGGAGAACGUGGACAAACUGGUCGUCAAUAACAACAUGCUGCUACUUGUUCUAGCCAUUCUUACACAUGCUCAGGGAGACCCGACCGUAGCCAUGGAAGCAGUAGCGAACAUCGCCGCGCAGCCAUUUGUGGUGGGAAAUACAAACGGAAAGCUGCACAUCAUCGAAAACCCUGCUGGUCACAUGACACUCAAACGUCUCAUUCAGAACGACAAACAGAGGGUUACUUCUGGACAGACAGUUUUGUUCUCUGAGAUAUUAUUGAAGAAGCUGCCAGAUGGAGCAGUCAAGUCCUGGGCCGCCUGUAACAGAGGCUGCUUUACUCUUAUAUGCCUGUUUGAGUUAGAUCAUUCAGAAAUCACCAAGACACUGACGUCAAGUUUGAAGGGGGUUCGAUCAUCAUUGAAGAAGAUGACAUUUAAAGGUGCACAAGUUCUUGCCAUGAAACUGGAAGAAGCCAGGUCGAUCUCUGUAUGAAGUAUUGGACCAGGGGGAUGUUAGGGGUGGGGCAGCAAUAGCUGCUUGGCUUACCCUCACUUGUUAUGAUAUCAAUUGUAUUUUGUAUUAUGUGUUUAAAAAUGAGACGCGAUGUUUAGGACCACAGUACUGAGGGGGAUAAACAUUUAACAUUCAUUGAACUAUGCUGGAGGUGGGGGGUUGGGUUCAAAGGUUUUCUUUACAAGCUCCUGUGCUUACUUUUAUUUUUAGCUCAACUAUUCAAAGAAUAAGGAGAGCUGUCCUAGUGACCCGAGCGUCGGCGUCGGCGUAACCACUUAUGUUAAAGUUUGCGUACCACCUCAAAUAUUUUCAAAGUCCAUUGACAUAUGGCUUUGCAACUUUGCACAUUUGUUCACCAUCAUGCCCCCAACCUAUACACAGGAGGAGGUAACUCUAUCAAGCAUUUUGACAAAAUUAUGCCCCUUUUUCUUCUAAGAAUUUACGUUAAAGUUUGCGUACCACCUCAAAUAUUUUCAAAGUCCAUUGACAUCUGGCAUUGAAACUUUGCACGCUUGUUCACCAUCAUGCCCCCCAACCUGUACACAGUAGGAGGUCACUGUGUCAAGAAUUUUGACAGAAUUAUGCCCCUUUUUCUACUUAGAAUUUACGUUUAAGUUUUCAUACCACCUCAAAUAUUUUCAAAGUCCAUUGACAUCUGGCUUUGAAACUUUGCACGCUUGUUCACCAUCAUGUCCCCAACCUGUACACAGGAGGUGGUCACUGUAUCAAGCAUUUUGACAGAAUUAUGCCCCUUUUUCGACUUAGAAUUUACACUCAAGUUUGCGUACCACCUCAAAUAUUUUCCAAUUCAAUUUAUGUAAAUAUCUCAGCACAUCAUGUAUUGCAUUGAAUUCAAAUCUAACAGUGAUCCAUGCAUGUUUCGCCAAAACUUUUCAAUAUUUAUGCAAAAAGCUACAGAAACAACCUCAGUAGCAAAAAAUUUCAAAUUCAAUCCAUACACCGAAAAGCGGCGGAAUAGUCGAGCGCGCUGUCUCUGUGACAGCUCUUGUUUAUGAUAAAGGUUGUGUUGUGUGUUGAAUACAUGGAAUGCAUUUAAUAUCUAUGAACUUUUCUGCCUGGUGAAAUCUAUUUUUACACAUCAUUCUCAUAUGAAAGUUUUGUUAACACAUACAGGUAUUUUAAAGCUUUUUAAGACAGUUCUCAGAUCAAGUUCAAAAUAUAGAACACAAGCCAAAUCACUACAACUCCUGAAGACUCCUAUUAUUUAAACAGGCUUUUAACUUUCUAUUAUUUUGUCAAAUCACAAUGUUGUGAAAUGUUUGCUAUGUGUAUGAAUUUAAAAGCUUUCACUAUUUUAUGUCAUGUAACAUUUGUUAAAUGCUGUUUUACAAUAUCAUGAUUGUAUGUUUUGUUAUGACAAAAAAUUGAGCUAUGAUUUGUGUCAGUUAUACUGAUGACACUCAAUUCCAUUCUGUCUGACCCUGAAUCAUUUUUAGCUCCACUGGCAAAAGGCCAGAAGAGCUUAUGCGAUGGUAAUGUGUACGUAGUUUGUGCGUCCGUGCAUCUGUAAACAAUUCAUGUUAACACGAUACAGCCUUCAGUUUCGAUUUUAUCUUGAUGAAACCUGUACAGUAUCUACAUAUCCAUUAGAGCUCGGUUCCUUCCGAAAACCAGCCAGAUCUGCCCAUGCAUGCCUAGAUUAUGGGCCUUGAUAGUAUAAAAAAAUCAUUGUCAGUAAACAAUUGCUCGUUAACAUGAUGCAGCCUUCAGUUUUGAUUGUAUCUCGAUGAAACUUGUACAGUAUUUACAUAUCCAUAAGAGCUCGGUUCCUUUUGAAAAUCAGCCAGAUCUGCCCAUGCAUGCCUAGAUUAUGGGCCUUGAUAGUAAAAAAAAUCAGUAUUUCAAUAAACAAUUGCUCGUUAACACGAUACAGUCUUCAGUUUUGAUUGUAUCUUGAUGAAACUUGUACAGUAUUUGGAUAUCCAUUAGAUCCGGGUUCCUUUCGAAAACCAGCUAGAUCUGCCCAUGCAUUCCUAGAUUAUAACCUUGGAAUGAUUAGAUUAUGGGCCUUGAUAGUAUAAAAAAAAACGCUAUUGUGUAAUAAAUGCUUGCAACAUGAUACAGUCUUCAGUUUUGAGUAUUCAGAUACCCAUAAGGGGUUGGUUCUUUUCGAAAACAGUGAUGUUGACCACACAAACCCAGCCAGUAGAGCAUAGGCCCUUUUGGGCCUCUUGUUCUAGAAGCGAUGAUAUUUUUUUUUCCAUCAUUCGGUCCAUUUCAAUAAAGAUCUUUGUCCUAAA